AUAAUCACCUCUAAUAGAAUGAAAAUAUUAUGUGUAUUGUACACGUAAGCCUGAUGUAAAUUAACAUUAAGGUAGAGCGUGCUUGGAAUAAAAUGAGUCUAAUAUUUCAUUCAGCUGCAUCGAAGAUCCUGUACCGUGACGUUUAUGUGGAAAAGAACAGACCAGCAACACUUUACUGUGACAUAACGGUAUCUUCGUUGACGAAUUUUAAGUGGAUACAACGUUAUCACCAUCAAGUCGAAUGGGGCGAGAGCAAUUUUUCGAAUAUUUCACGUAUCAACGAAACAUACGUCGUGAUGACGCUUGAAAUAGCAAACGUGACAUCAAAAUUCAACGGAAUGGAAUACGAAUGCAGUGCGGAUGCAGGUGAUAGCAAGCGACGAACUGAGAGUGUACCAUACCGCUUAUGGACCUUCAACGGAGAGAAAUCCAACCAAAAUGUCCGAGCUGUUGGAAAAGAUCGCAUCUACCUGAAGAUGGGUCGACCCAAUUUUAUAGCUGAUCCACUAUAUUUUCUUUAUCCCAGCGAUUCAUCAAGUCACUGCGUUAUCGAGUAUUUAGCGAAUGGUACGACUCAAUGGCAAUACGCAACGUCAUAUUCGUUCAACGAGAUUCCUAGUUAUCACGUUAUUCAUGGAUUACAAGAAGAGACUACCUACAUAAUAAAAAAAAAGAUGUUUUACAAGGAUGGCGUGGUGGAUCAAUUUAAGUGGGCUACGACGUUAGAACGAGAUAUCGAAUACGUUCCAGUCAUUACGGUUGUCAAGGUAACUGAGUCUUCGAUAGCGAUUGAAUGGACUGCGCCUCCACCGGAACUAGAAGGUUAUAUCAGCCUCUACAAGGCUUGGAUUCAAGAUGAAUGGAUGGCUGAUAGGCAGCGGGUAGAAAAAGAAUCGGUGCUGAGUCACGUUUUUCAUGAACUAUAUGUGUAUGGUACCUAUAAUAUCCGAGUAGAAGCUUGUUCAAUUGACGAAUGUCGAAAUACGUACCCAAGCACCAAUGUGACUGGUGUACUUGCGGAGUUUGCAGGUGUGUGA